AUGUUAUGUGCUUCUAAAAUAAAACAUGAUGAGAAAUCAUAUAGAAAUAUAUUUUCGUACAUUUUUCAAAAAAUAAAAAGAAAAAGGAAACAAAACAAUUAUGUAUUUACAAAAAAUAUAAUAAAUGAUGUUUUAUGUAUUCGUGAUAGUAUCAAAAAAGAUGAGAUAGAAGAAGAAGAAAAAAAAAAAAAAAUUAUUGAAGAAAAGGAAGGAACUUUUUUAAUUAAUUUUGUAAAUGAAAAGAAUAAAAUAAUUUAUGAUAAUAUAAACGAUCUAAAUAAAUAUUGUAUAGACAAAUUUAAAAAAUACAAAUGUGAUGUCUAUAUAUCUACGUCAUCUAAUAGAGAAUAUGUACCAUAUUAUAUAUAUGAUUUUUUUAUAAACUAUCCAUUAUUAAAAUGGUACAUUACAAAUAAAACUACACACAAAAUCAGUGAUAAUUAUAUGAAUAGUAAUCGUUGUAUUAGUAGUAAUUAUCAUAUGUGUAGAAAAAAAAAAAAAAAAUAUAAUAAUUUUAGGGAAUGUAAAAGGGUUUAUUAUAUACAAAAAAAUAUAAAAAGAUAUUCAAUGAAUAAUUUGUUUGAUAAUAAAAAUAAUAUUUGUAAAUAUUUGAUUUUAAAUAAAAAAAGACUAGAAGCUAAUAAUUUAUUUAAUUUAAUAAAAUAUUAUAAUGUUCAUAAAAAAGAAUUGUUCUUAUCGUCUUUAGAACAUAAAAAACUUGAUAACAUAAAUUUCGAUAGUUAUAUUAAGUUAAGUCUUAUAAAAAAUUUCAAUGUUAAAUAUUUAACAACCGUUCAAUAUGUUACCUUUCCAUUAUUUUUAAAAAACUAUGAUUUAUUAAUAUCUUCAUUUAAGAGCUCAGGGAAAACAUUAGCUUAUAUGAAUUGUCUUGUACAUAAAAUAAUAAUACAAAUAAAUAAUUUAAGAAAAAAAACAAAUAUAAAGGAUAAUUAUGUUUUAGGUUUAAUAAUAUGUCCAAAUGUUAUAUUAGUCGAACAGUCCUAUGGAAUUUUAAAAAAAUUAAUUAUGUAUCAUCCAUAUAAUAUUAUUUGUUAUUAUAUGCAUGGGAAGAAAUAUAUAAAUAUACAAGAUGAAAUAAAGAAUUUAAAAAAAAAAAGACCACAUAUUAUUAUAACUACACCAGGAUAUUUAAUGAAUUUUAUAAAAUAUUUCAAAAAUUUUUCACAAAUCUUCUUUUUAUGUGAUACAUUAAUAAUUGAUGAAGCGCAUUUUCUUGUAGAUAAUAAUUAUAUGAAAAAUAUAUUAAUAAUAAAAAAUAUAUUACCAAAAUCUCAUCAAACUAUAUUAUUAACAUGUAUUGUUAAUAAUUUUCUUAAGAAUUUAGCAUAUAGAUUUUUAAGAUUGCAUUAUAUACAUAUAAAUUUAAUAAAUAAUUGUAUAUAUGAUCAUGAACAAUUAUUAGAUCCUUCUAUAAAUCAACAAUACCAAGAAACAAAUAAAAAUAUUAUUAAAAAUAUUCAGCAUAUUACAAAUAAUAUAAACCAUAUGAAUAAAAGUAAAUAUCAACUAAUCGUUCAAAAUGGUUUUAAAAGACUUAUAAAUUUUAAUCUUCAGCUAUAUAACGAAUUAAAUAACAAACAUAUAUAUCCACCUAAUAAUAUACUUUUUUAUGAUAAUAUAGGUAAGUUGUGGUAUCCUAAAGAAGCAAAUAUAUUUUUUCAAAACGUACAGAGUCAAUAUAAUUUAGACAAUGAUAAUAUUACCCUUGAAGAAAAAAAAAAAAAUAAAAAUAAAAUAAUAAUAAAAAAAAAUAAAAUAAUAAUAAAAAAAAAUAAUAUAAUAAUAAAAAAAAAUAACAAUAAUAAUAAUAAUAAUAAUAAUAAUAAUGUGGACAUAAAUGACGAUACACAAAUAUAUGAUUCAUCAAAAGAAUCUAAUUAUAUCUUACCAUUUUCAAAAAAAGAAAUGAAAAUCAAAAAAUUAAAAUUAUCCAAUAGUGAUUAUAAUAGAUAUCAUUGUUCUCAUCAUAAUAAAAAUGAUAACAAAUAUAUACCUACACAUGUACUCUUGAAACAAGAAUAUUUAAUAUAUGAAUCUAACAAAUUAUCAUUAAUUUUAUUCAAUAUUUUACAUAACGAAUUAAUAACAAAUAAUAAUAUAAAUAUUGUAAUAUUUAUGCCUACCGUAAAAAUCUUACAAUUCUUUUAUGUUAUAUAUAAACAUUAUAUUUUUAAAGGAUAUAUUUUCUUAUUAUAUUUAAAAUUAAAAAAAAUCAAAUGGAAACACCCACAAGACAUUAAAUCAUAUCUUGCAAAUCAUUCUACCUAUUAUGAUAAAGAUACGGUAAAUUUUACUGUCUCUUCAAAUCCUUACAUAAUAACAAAUGAUAGCACAAUUUAUCAAAAUUUUAAUGUUAUUCAUUCUUAUGACCACAGCGUAAAUACAAAUCACAUCAUCAAAAAUGAUGAGUUCACUAUUAAACGAAAUGGUGAGUUCACGAUUAAACGAAAUGGUGAAGUCACUAUUAAACGAAAUGGUGAAGUCACGAUUAAAAAAAAUGAUGAUGUCACGAUUAAACAAAAUGAUGAUGUCACGAUUAAACAAAAUGAUGAUGUCACGAUUAAACAAAAUGAUGAUGUCACGAUUAAACAAAAUGAUGAUGUCACGAUUAAACAAAAUGAUGAGGUCACGAUUAAACAAAAUGAUAAUUUUACAAAUGAACACAUGUGUAAUUAUCUUUUAAAUUAUAUACAACAAUGUACAGACGAAUAUGAAGAAUUAAAAGAUGUUUCUAUUUUAUCAUUACAUAGUAAAAUGAGCCUAGAUAAAAAAAGAUACACUUUAAAUUGUUUUAACGGUACCAACCUAGAUAACGAAGAUGAUGAAAAAAAAAAAAAAAAAAAAAAAAAAAAAAUCUUAUUUGCCACAUCAUUAUUACAUCAAGGAAUAGAAUUAAAUAAAGUUAAUCUUGUAAUACAUUUAGGAAUGUGUAAAAAUGUUGAUGAAUAUAUUUUAAGAACUAACAUAGUUACAACAAAAUAUACCAGGGGUAGGAGUUUAUUAUUAUUAAAUGAAUUAGAGGCACACUAUUUAUAUAUACUGUAUAAAAAUAAUAUUCCUAUUACUCCUAUAAAUAAAAAUUAUAUUAAUCUUGUUUAUAAAAAUAAUCUAUUAUUACAACAUUUGUUAAAUUAUAAAUAUGAUAUGGGAACACAUGAAAUGGAAAAUAUAAACACAGAUAUAAAACACAAAUGUGACAAAAAAAUGAAUGACACUAAUAAAAAUAUUGAUGAUCAGAAAAAUAUAUAUCAUGAAAAUAAUUGUUCUAUUCAAAUACAAACCUUUAAUAAUUAUUAUUAUAAAAAAGAUGAAAACAAUUUCUUUCAAUAUAAUUACCACAAUGAAAAAGAUUAUAAAAAUAUUUUUUUUACAUUUAAUAUAAAACAUAUAGAAUGGCAUAAAUAUAAGCACUUAUUAUCAUCAUGUGAAUUAAUGUAUAGAUCUUUUCUUGGAUUCUAUUGUGAAAAAAAUGAAUUCUUAAAAUAUGAAAAAUGGCAAGUUCCUAGUCUAAUUAAAAAUAUUAUUUAUUCGUUUGGAUAUUUGGAAAAUUUCUAUAUAACAAAAUGUAUGGCUGCUAGACUACAAAUUAUUAAUGCACCAGAUACCUUCAUAAAAUUUAAUGCAACUUCAAAGAGUGUACUCAUUUCAUCCUUACCAACGUAUAAAAGUUAUAAAUCAAAAACAAACGAAUUUAAAUUAAAAAAGUGUGCAAAUCAAAACUCAACAAAUAUUAACACACCAAAUAUAAACAAUUAUAAUAAACAUAAUACUAAUUAUGAUUAUCUAAAGGAUGAUGAUCCUUUAAAUGAUUUUAAUUUAUUGAAACCAAAUGAUGAAAACCAAAAUAUGCAAACACAUCCUUUAUAUUUUACAUUCCACAAAUAUGUAUCUUAA